UGGCCGCUCGCUGACGUCACCCCCCGCCCCUCUUCGUGGUGGGGCCGGCGGUGCGGUUUCUCCUCCCGCUGCCACCGGCGGCUCCUCCCGCCUGCGUGUGCCCCGGGCCGGGCCGGGCGGUUGUGCCCCCCAGGGUGCCUGAGCUCCUCCCGGGUGCCGCGGGCAGCGUGACGGGGUGGGCGGGACUCGCGUGACAGGCCCAGGCACGUCCCAAAGGAGGUCCCUCUCGGCCCGACCCGCUGCUCUGUCGGCUCGACCCAUCCGGCUGCAGUUGCCUGAGCUCUGUGCGCCACAAGGCGCAUGCUGCUGUUUGGCUGUAGCCCAAGUCGAGCAGGAGCCAAGAGCCGGCGUGGGCCGGGCUGCCGUUGGCUGGAAAGGGCUGGAGCCGCUGGCUGGAUCUGCCUGGGUCAGAGGCGUGAACUGUCAUAGGCAACAGUACACUUCUGUGAUUCCCGACUGGGCCACGGCAUCCUGGGCUGCCUGGAGGCCCUUUCCUGGCUGCCGCGGCACCGUUGAGUGUGCAGACGUGAUUCACAGGAGAUUUUGGGAAUCCGUAACAUUAAAAAGCUGCCUAGCUGUGGUCUUCCUGAGCUCUUUGCAGCAGAAGACUUGCUGUGCUCUUUUUCUCUAGUCAGAAAACAAGUGCAAGCGGAGAGCUGGCAUUGCCUGAGGGCUGCCUUGAGUCUAAAAAGGUUGAGACCCUCUGACCUACUUCAUCAGGUGCUGUGUCAGGCUCAUAGCCCCUGAUGAAGUUGGCUGUCACCUCUGAACACCUGUGCUCCUCUGAGCUAGUUAGCUGCUAGGCUGCCCUGCCUUCUGCCUGGCAUCAGACUGACGCAGCUAACUGCCUUUUCCUGCCUGUCCGUGUGUCUGUUCCAGGCAGCAUGUCUGUCUUCCACUCGGGCCUGCUGGUGCUCACAGCCCCACUGUCUGCCUUGUCCCCACGCCUUGUGCCCAUCCUGGCCUCAGCCUCCCGGAUUGUGGAGGACACACUCUACAUUCACCUGCAGCCAGGGCUCAGUCUAACAGGCUCGUCACAACCCAAGUCCACCUAUGUGCCAGCUACGCGUGAAGUCUACAACGUCAUCAACAAGCUGUACGCGGAUGCUGACGCUCACGGCCACUUGGACGUGCGGGUCCUGUUGACCAACAUCCGCAACCAGAGCCUGGCGCCACAGUCACUAUCCUCAGUGCAAAAUCUCUCCCACCCACCUGAGGUGGUCCUGACUGAUUUUCAGACCAGCGAUGGGGGCCAGUACAACCCCGUGAAGCAGCAGCUGGAGCGUUAUGCCACCAGCUGUUACAGCUGCUGGCCCAAUCUUAUCUCUGUGCUGCUGUACCCAGACUAUGAGCCGGGCACAGGAGAGGGGGAGCAGCCCUUGCAGAAACCAGACUGGGAUGGCAUGUCCCUGCACAGCUAUGGUGACAUUGUUGUAGGAGGCACUUUUGAUAGGCUACAUAACGCCCACAAGAUCCUUCUGAGCACGUGCUGCAUGCUGGCUGAGAACCGGCUUCUUCUGGGCAUCUCUGACAAGAAUCUCCUGGAAAAUAAGCUGCUAAAGGAGCUAAUCCAGCCCUAUGAGAAGCGAGUGGAGAAGCUCUGUGAGUUCCUGGUGGACAUCAAGCCCUCUUUGCGUUAUGACACUGUGCCUCUGCUAGAUCCCUAUGGCCCAUCGAUAACGGACCCUGACCUGAAGUGUAUAGUAGUCAGUGAGGAAACUCGCAAGGGAGGGGUGGCCGUGAACAAGAAGAGACUGGAAAAUGGGCUCCCUGAGCUGGCUCUCCAUGAGAUCCCAUUGGUUAAAGAUCUCCGGCAUAGUGAAAAUGAAGAAGAAAAGAUCAGCUCUUCCAGCCUCCGGCACAGGCUGCUCGGGACACUGCUGCAGCCCCCACAGAAAGACUUGGACCUCCCUUCUUGCCCAUAUGUGAUUGGUCUGACUGGAGGCACAGGAAGUGGAAAGAGUUCCAUUGCCAGGCACCUGGAGCACCUUGGAGCCUACCUGGUUGAUGUCGACAGGCUGGGCCAUGAGGCAUAUGCCCCAGGAGGCCCUGCCUAUGAGCAGGUGGUGGAGGCAUUUGGAGCAGACCUGCUGAAUGAAGAUGGAACGAUUAACAGGAAAGUCCUUGGGGCCAAAGUGUUUGGGAACCAGGAACAGCUGAAGUCUCUCACAGACAUUGUGUGGCCUGUGAUUGCCCAGAUGGUGAAGAAGCAGAUCAACGAGGCAGUUGUUCAAGGUAAGGCCGUGUGCGUGUUGGAUGCUGCUGUGCUGCUGGAGGCUGGCUGGUCAGACAUGGUCCAUGAAGUGUGGACAGCCAUCAUCCCAGAGACGGAGGCUCUGAGUCGCAUCAUGGCCAGGGACGGGCUGAGUGAGGAGGCAGCUCGGAGCAGACUGCAAAGCCAGCUGACUAACAGUCAGAGGGUGGAGCAGUCGCAUGUUGUGUUGUGUACUCUGUGGGAGCCUGAAGUCACCCACAGGCAGGUGGAGAAGGCCUGGGCUCUGCUGCAGCAGCGCAUCCCCCCCGAUUAAAGUCCUGCACCCCUCCGUCAUUCCUCUUAUUUUUGUCUUACCUUGGUGCACAGUCAGACUGGCAAGAACUGCACUGGCGGGACCUGCUGGAGGGCCUGAACAGCCCUAUGGCUGUGCAUCUGGUACUGGGUCCUUACAUUACAUGCCCUCAGCAAGCAGGGCAUGGUUUGGAUCCUAUUGGGGUGGUUACAGCUGCUCACUGCAAAUUCUUUGCACUGAGAGGGUGCAGGGCUGUGGGCAUGGACUGUUCUGCUUUACUGUUGUUGAAGGUUAGGACCAAGGGGCAGCAGGGCAUGGGAGGGGUAGCUACCUGUGGUCACUCUGAGUUGGUAAUAUGGACAUCAGCCAGUGAGGCAGGAGCAGCUCUUCUCUGAUGAGGCAAAUGGCCUCUGCACCUGCUGAGUACACAGAACAGGUUUGUGCCAAGCUGGUGUUCCUGUCACCAUCCUAGGCUGUGCCCCACAGUGAACCCCAGUAGCAAGCCCAGCUCUGCUCCCCCCUACCUGAUUUGGAGCUGCUGUGGUCAAUGAGUAUGCUCACCUUCUCACUACCAUCAAGAGUGGGCUAUGCUGUCCUGCCUUGCAGGCUGCAUGGUGCUGGAUGUCUUGUUACCUGUACGUGUGUGAUGGUUAAAGGUCAAUUUCUUGUA